AAUAAUAAUAAUAAUAAUAAUAAAAGGUUUGUUACUGAUAAUACACCAUCUAAAAAGUGAUAAAUGACUUGGACUUAUUAUGUUGUACGUGAAAGCAGGCUGAGCAAAGAAAAGCCGGAAAUUCGCUAUGUGUAUGUAGUGUAUGUAUGUUCUUUUGGCCAUAAAAAGAAGCCGGAGGGCUAUGGUCAGAGAGUAAAAGGGUAAAUGAUUAUUAUUAUUGUUUUCCAUUUUCAUAGAUCAAAGUUUAGUGGUUGCAAGGCCAUGUUUCUUUUACGAUAUGCUGUGAACCGGUUCGUCAUAUCGUCGUCGAGGCUGAUACAUAACCAUUCCUGUGAUGAAAAGUGCCUGAAAAAUGAUCCUUGGUUCAGGAGACUAAGUAAAGAUCAGUUGAAAGUUGUUCUACCGAUGGUUGAGACUGGAAGUAGUGCUGAAUCAAUUGUUAAGUAUGCAGAAGAAAAUUUCGAAAAGACAAUAACAGUGCAUUAUGUCAAUAAUUUAAAAUAUAAAUUUGUCGAACGUUGUGGAAGUUUAAUCGAUGUAAUUGCAACCUUAAGGAACAGUGGAAAAUUGUUCGUCUCUUAUGGGGGUGUUGCUAACCAGCUCACAAAGAUAGCAUUUAGCACACACUAGCAAAUUGUAACGUACAAACGGUUCCCUGAAGUUGUGUGUUUGGAUUCAACAUACAAUACGAACAGGGGAAAAUAAUCAAUGAACACAAAUCUCGUCAUGUGCGUCUGCUGCGUUGCCAGUUUUUGUUAAUACCUUGUUAAAUAAAAGUAUUGUAU